CCUACCCUCCCCUUCUUCCUCCACGCUCUCUUCCACUCCCCUCACCUCCCUCCCUCCCUGGCUCUCCCUCAUAUGAUGCAAUCAACUUAAUCUCUUUCCUCUCUUUUCUACGCAGAUGCUCCCUUGGUCGACGUUCAGUUGGGUCGUUCCCUUGACCCCCUUCGUAUCAAAGAGGGUGAUGAUGUCUACUUUGAAUGCACAGUGAAGGCGAAACCCAACAUCUUCAAGGUGGAAUGGAAGCAUAACGGUGUCAAGCUUGAGACGGGUGUCGGCGUGUUCGUGUCGAAUAUGUCCCUCGUUGUGCAGAGAGUCACCAGAGCUCACGGCGGCGACUACACGUGUGAGGCUACAAAUGUCAAGGGAACAUCCUCCUCCCCGCCUCUCCACUUGGAUGUGAAAUAUGCGCCUGUGUGUGCAACACAGCAAAAGAUGCAACACUCGGUGGCUAAGAUGGAAAAUGCUGAGAUCUCUUGCAAAGUACACGCCAAUCCUCCUAAUGUAACCUUCCGCUGGACUUUCAAUAAUACGGCCGAAGCCAUCGAUGUUCCGGAAGGAAGGUUCGGCGUGGUGGGUACGGAGUCGAGGGUAAACUACACGCCUAUGAACGAGCUAGACUAUGGCACUCUCCUCUGCUGGGCCAACAAUUCCAUCGGCAUCCAGAGCCAGCCUUGUGUCUUCCAUAUAGUAGCGGCUGAGUACAGAAUUAAAAAUUUAGAAACGAAAUACCUAGAAUCCGAAAACUCCAUAAAGUGUUCAAGGGUGUACCAAAUCGGCUCGAGUUCUCCCGUGGUUGAGGUCACACGCCCGUCUCCCUCCUUCAGCGUCGCCAACCUCCGCCCCGCCAACGCCUACAAGAUCAUUAUCGCCGCCAUUAACGACAAGGGCGCCUCUCAGGUGACCGAACUGAAGGCUUACACCGUCAAGGUUCCCGAGACGCAGGAGGAGACGAGCGCAGGUGAGUAG